AUGGGUGUGUUCGAAGCGAGCUCCAAAAAGCAUAAACGACACGAAGAAAUGCACGGUGCCUUCGGUUUCAGCGCCUCGAUUUUGGUGUUUUUUUCAUUUUUUGGCAGGAUUGUGGCUGAUAAGAACGGUGUGUUUAUUUGUUAAUUCCUUUUUCUUUAAUAUCGCUUCAUUGAAAGAUUGCGGCCGAGGCUGGUCUCGCCUGGAGAAGUCGAAGAGUUGCUUCAUGGUGCAGACAAACCACCUGAGAUGGGCCGAGGCCGAAAGAGAAUGUCUCAGCAAAGGCGGACGACUGUCCUCCAUCAACGACGACGUCGAGAACCAGUUCGUCUUCGGUAAGAUCUUCGACUUUUUGAAUCAACUCUCGUCUCCAGAAUUGGCACGCAAGGCAAAUCUGACAUCGCCAACGUUUUGGCUUGGAAGGCUAAUCCGUGUGACGCGAACCGGGGCGUACGAAUGGCACGACGGUGCCAUCACUCGCUUUUCCGAAGGAUUCAGGGGUAUACUUGGAACUGUACUUCUUUCCAUUCGGCUCAUUUCCAGAAGCGCCGACCGGAACGGACAUGUGCUUGUCGAUGUGGCUUGACUUCAAUCGACCCGAAGGAUCCUGGAUCGAAUGGCAGUGCAGCUACACCAGUGGAUACGCCUCCGUCUGCAAAAAGACACUGAAAAAGACGGCCUUCAGCAUCCCAAGUUCGUUUACAAUAUAUUAUCGUCUUGUUUCACAUUGGUAAUAGUCGCCUUGACCUAACAGGAAUCGCAUAGUCUGCGUACAAAGACUUGGAAUUUCACCGAACGACAUUCCGCUGUUCCGCUGCGUGCGUUCGCGAAGCGUCUUUCGAAUGAUUUUUAUUGCUGUGGUAGCACAGGAAGAAGAGUACCUUAAUAAAAGAAGAAAAAUAAAAGCGCGGCUAAGGAUCGCAAAUGCGCACAGCGGAACAGCGGAAUAUCGUUUGGUAAAAUUACAAGUCGUGGUACACAGGCUAUAAUAGUCGCCUAACAGGAAUUUUAGCACUGAACAGAUCAUGCUAGAAACGAGCCUCAGCAAUUGAGUACCGCUUUUCGAAGUUCAAAGAAUCAAGGGUUCAGAAAAAGCCCUCAAUUGUUGAGUUGCGACGUUGGUGCCACGAGUAGUUACAGAAAAGACCACCUUCUGUGACGUCAUCCGAUAUGAAAACAAACAUGGAGGGUUCGCGCGGACGGAAAUAGUGCGCCAGAGCUGACAAGAGCUAAGAGUCCAGCUGGCGACUAGCCAGAAGCUCCGCCCCGAUUAGGCAAAUGAAAGAGCCACUUGUGGGAGACCAAAGCUUGCAUUGGUUCUAAUAUUUUGAAUGAAACAACUGAAUAUGAACAAAAAAACAGUUUUCUAUUUUUUGCAGCGUCCCCUCCCUCUCCGCCAACGACGCAUCUCUCCAGAAGAUGCUGCCUUCAGACGGGCUGCGGCCAACGCUGCGAACCCAACGAACGAUGUGUUCCCGACGACAUGGUACCUUUCCCUUAACAGCGCAACGAAUCCAAUAAGUUCAGAAUUGCAUGUGGAAAACGUGCAUUGACCACGGCGUCGGCUGGUGUCUUCCGUCCGUCUGA